CUCACAUGCAUUCCACUUUCACAAACAAAAACCAACAACUACAAGAAAGGCACAAAACUCACUUCACAUCUACUACUCCUUAUUUAGUUCUCCCCUUCUCACUUCCAACCCACCACAUUUAUCCUCAGCCAACACUCUCCAACAACCUUAACUCCAAAUGAAUCCCAACACAACAAACCUUCAUCUUUCUUCCCUUGUUCUUCUCCAUCUCUAAACAAUCCAACAAAACCGUAAUUUUCUAGACUACAAGAACACAUCUAGCUACUUAAUAAGAGACAUUCAUAAGAUGAGAACUGGAAGUUAUACUCUCCAACAAUCUUUGACACCUGAAGCUACACUUGUGGUAAAACAAGCAGUAAGCCUAGCUAGAAGGAGAGGUCAUGCACAAGUUACUCCUCUCCAUGUAGCUAGUGUUAUGCUUGCUUCUUCAUCCGGCUUGUUUCGAAGGGCUUGCCUUCAAGCUCAUUCACAUCCACUCCAAUGCAAAGCCCUAGAGCUUUGCUUUAAUGUAGCCCUAAAUCGCCUCCCGACUUCGACCUCCAGCCCUAUUUUAGGCCCUCAUUCUCAUGUCCCCUCCCUCUCAAACUCCAUUGUCGCAGCGUUUAAGCGUGCGCAGGCGCAUCAACGCCGCGGCUCUAUUGAAAACCAACAACAACCCAUAUUAGCCCUAAAAGUAGAGCUAGAACAGCUUGUGAUUUCCAUCCUUGAUGACCCUAGUGUUAGUCGAGUCAUGAGAGAAGCCGGUUUUUCGAGCACUCAAGUUAAGACCAAGGUAGAACAAGCUGUUUCCUUGGAGAUUCGUACACAAACUUGUCCAACUGUUAGUACCCUUGAUUCCAAAGAAAGUGUGAAACCAUUAGUCCUCGGGAACUCGAGCCAGUUUAGGGUUUCAAUCGGAAGAACAACAGCGGAACAAGUUAGGGAGGAUGAUGUGAUGAGUAUUGUAGGAGCAAUGAUGAAUAAGAAAACCAAGAACACAAUCAUUGUAGGGGAAUGUUUGGCCACAGCUGAGAGUGUGGUCAAAGGAGUGAUAGAAAAGUUUGAUAAGGGAAAUGUUCCUGCGGAAAUGAGGUCAGUUCAGUUCAUAAGUGUCCCACUUUUUACAUUAAGGAACAUUUCAAGGGAAGAAUUUGAAGUGAAGCUUGGAGAGCUUAGGUCAUUGGUGAAGAAUUAUGUGAGUAGAGGGGUUGUUUUGUACUUAGGUGAUCUUCAGUGGGUGUCUGAGUUUUGGUCAAAAUAUGGAGAACAAAAGACUAGCUUUUACUCACCAGUAGAGCACAUGAUAAUGGAGUUAAGUAGAUUGUUGUGUGGGAUAAUUAGGCCGGAAAAUAGCGGAAAGUUAUGGAUUAUAGGGAUUGCUACUUUUCAGACUUACAUGAAAUGUAAGACUGGUCGGCCUUCUUUGGAGACUCUUUGGGAUCUUCAUCCACUCACUAUUCCUGUUGGAAGCUUAGCACUCAGCCUUAAUCUUGACAGUGAUUUGAACCAUCAUUUCAGAAGCAAAGCAGGUGUGGAGGGGUCCAGUUGGUUACUUUGUAAAGCAGGAGGAGCUGAGAAGAACCUAAACUGCUGUGCAGAUUGUGUGGCUAAUUUCAGAAGGGAAGCUCGAAGCAUAUCAUCAAGUGACUCCAUUACUAAUAAUAACACAAGCUCCAGCUUGCCUUUAUGGCUUCAAGAGUAUAAGGAUGAGAAGAGAAGAGAAACCAUUAAUCAUGAUCAGGAAUUUGAGAAGAUGAGAGAUCUGUGCCAAAAAUGGAACUCAAUUUGCAAAUCUGUUCACAAAAAGCAUCCACACUUUCUCGAGAAAGCAACCAACUUUUGUGCAUCAUCUCCCACUUCCUCUGCCUCAGUUUCUUCAAAUGACAAACACAACCUCUCCACCAACUUGCACCAUCACCAUCAUCAAAGCAUCCUCUCCUCAUGGCCAUUGAUUUUUGAAUCUAAUACGCCUAACAACAGCAUCCAGUCACCUAAAGAGCGUAAGUUCUUUGUGUCCGAAAGCGAAGUCGAAUCAUUUGAACCAAAGGUGUUUUCAAUGUACAAGCCAUCAUCAGCUGAUCAAACAAAGCCUGAACUUUUAUCCAAUCCAAACUCAAGUCCUAACUCAGCAUCCUCAAGUGAAGCAAGUGGAGAUCACAUGGAGGCCUUGUUGCCUAGGUUCAAGGAGAAUAAUCAAGAGAAUCAUGAGAUUCUUUGCAGUGAACUGAGGAAGAAAGUUCCAUGGCAAGAAGAAAUUAUCCCUGACAUUGUGAGUACAAUCUUGGAAUGCAGAUCAGGAAAGAAGAACCAACAUCCCAAGAAAAACCAAUUGUUGAGUAAGAAAUUGGAUAGAGAAGAAACAUGGUUAUUUUUCUUGGGGGUUGAUGCUGAAGGAAAAGAGAAAAUAUCCAAGGAACUCUCAAGGGUUAUCUUUGGUUCUCAAGAUAACUUCACUGCCAUUAGUCUCAGCUGCAUUUCAUCAAACACAAAAUCUGCGGAUUCAGCGGAAGAAGUGAUCAGCAAGAAGAGACAGAGGGAUGAACAUGGAAAGAGCUAUCUUAACAGGUUUUCUGAAGCUGUGAAUGAAAAUCCUAACAGGGUAUUUUUCAUGGAAGAUGUUGAUCAAAUUGAUUACCAUUCCCAAAAGGGUAUAAUGCAAGCCAUUCAAAAUGGAUACUUUACACUUCCUGAUGGUGAAAAGGUUUAUCUUAAAGAUGCCAUUGUCAUAUUCAGCUGUGAAAGCAUCAUCAGUUCCUCUGUAUCAAGAGCUUCUUCUUCUCCUUCAUUGGAGAAAGCCAUUGUUAAUGAUGAUGGUAGUACUGAAAAGAAAGGACAGAAUAAUCCCACAUUGGAUCUGAACAUUGCCACUGAAGAGGACGGAGAUGAUGAUGACCGGAAAUCAUUGUUCAAUCAUGAAGCUGGAAUCAAAGAUUUGGUGGAUAAGCAAGUUCUGUUCAAGGCUCUGAAAAUGGGAGGGAGCCUUUAAUUUGUUAGAUUAAUUUCUGCUUUCUUGUUAAAUCUUUAAGCUUUUUUUGUUUUUUAACCAAAAAAUGUUAUAGUUUAUUGGGGGGUGAGGGACAAAUAUAAUGUUAACCAUAGAUCAUCAAAGAGAAUUUACUUUUGGUUUUAACUAAGGGGAGGUGGAUAUGUAGAAUUAGACCAAUCAUUGUAUAUUAAUUAAUUAGUAAAUUUUCAGUUUUUUUUUUUCUUUUUUUGUGAGGAGGAUUGGUAGUCAUGGUAAUGUACUAAUGUAUCUUUACUACUACUUUUUUUUUUUCAUCAUUUUAUUUGAACUGUUUAGUUAGCAAACCUUACAUUUCAAUUUUAACUUUUAUAAAUAUAUA